GCGCCGCCCCCGGGCAGAGCGCAGCCCCCGCCCCACCGCGCCCCGUCCCCGGAGGAGCCCUCAGCCCCGGGGCCGCCCCUCCUUUGUGUGCGGCGCCGCCGUCACCGGCACCGGAGCGCCGGGAGCACCGGGAGCCGAAAGAAAAAGGGCACCGGGAGCAUCGAAUCGGGGAACGGGAACAUCGGGAGCAUCGGAACGGACACCGGGAGAACCGAACCGGCAUCGGGAGCACCGGGAAGAUAGAACCGGGAGACGGGAGAGGGGAACCGGGAGUACCGGGAGUGGGCAAAAGGGGAACGGGAGCUGAGAAACGGGCGCCGGGAGCACCGGAUCCAAUCACUGAGAGCACCGAACCAGGCGCUGGGAGCACCGGGAGCACCGGGAUUGGGCCCUGGGAGCAUCGAACCGAGCAUUGACAGCACCGGGACCACCAGAUCCGGGUAUUGGGAGUCGGGAAAAGGGCAUCGGGAGCACCAGGAGAACCGGAUCUGAGCGCCAGCGGCACCGGCACCACCGGAACCGGGCAUUGGGAGCACCGGGAGAGCCAGAACUGGGAGCCAGAAGCCGGGAAAAGGGGAAGCAGGAACAUCGGAACCGAACACCGGCAGCACCGGGAGCACCAGGACCGAGCACCGGGAGCAGCGGGAGCAGCAGAACCCAGCACCGGGAGCACCGGGAGGGCACCGGGCGGAGGGCGCGGCCCCGAGCGCCGGCGGCCCCAUGAAGGAGCCCGACGCCAUCAAACUCUUCGUGGGGCAGAUCCCGCGGAACCUGGAGGAGAAGGACCUCAAGCCGCUCUUCGAGCAGUUCGGGAAGAUCUACGAGCUGACGGUGCUCAAGGACAAAUACACCGGGAUGCACAAAGGAUGCGCCUUCCUCACCUACUGCGCCCGUGACUCGGCCCUGAAGGCGCAGAGUGCCCUCCACGAGCAGAAAACGCUGCCGGGGAUGAACCGCCCCAUCCAGGUGAAGCCGGCGGACAGCGAGAGCCGAGGAGAGGAUCGCAAGCUGUUUGUGGGGAUGCUCAGCAAGCAGCAGGCGGACGAGGACGUGAGGAAGAUGUUUGAGCCCUUCGGGACCAUCGAUGAGUGCACGGUGCUGCGCGGCCCCGACGGCACCAGCAAAGGCUGUGCCUUCGUCAAGUUCCAGAGCCACGCAGAGGCCCAGGCUGCCAUCGCUGCCCUCCAUGGGAGCCGCACUCUGCCAGGCGCCUCAUCCAGCCUGGUGGUGAAGUUUGCAGACACGGACAAGGAGCGGACCCUGCGGCGGAUGCAGCAGAUGGCAGGCCAGCUGGGCAUGUUCAGCCCCAUAGCACUCCAGUUUGGGGCCUACAGCGCCUACACACAGGCGCUGAUGCAGCAGCAGGCGGCCCUGGUGGCCGCCCACUCGGCCUACCUCAGCCCCAUGACCACCAUGGCCGUCCAGAUGCAGCAUAUGGGCACGGUCAACCCCAACGGGCUCAUUGCCACCCCUCUGCCCCCAUCCUCAGGAACCAGCACGCCGCCCGCCAUGGCUGCCACGCCGGUCCCUGCCAUCGCAGCCCCAUUGAGUGUCAAUGGGUACAGCCCGGUGCCCGCACAGCCCGCAGGGCCGCCCGCCCCCGAGGCCGUCUAUGCCGGAGGGGUCCCCCCGUUCCCAGCCCAGAGCCCUGCUGCCCCUGCGGACCCCCUGCAGCAGGCAUAUGCUGGCAUGCAGCACUACACGGCUGCCUACCCUGCCGCCUAUGGGCUGGUAAGCCCAGCCUUCGCUCCACCAGGGCCUCUGCUGGCCCCCCCACCCCCUCCCCAACAGCAGCAGCGUGAAGGCCCCGAGGGCUGUAACCUCUUCAUCUACCACCUGCCCCAGGAGUUUGGGGACACUGAGCUCAUGCAGAUGUUCCUGCCCUUCGGCAACGUCAUCUCUGCCAAAGUGUUCGUGGAUCGCGCCACCAACCAGAGCAAGUGCUUUGGCUUUGUCAGCUUUGACAACCCAGCCAGUGCGCAGGCGGCCAUCCACGCCAUGAACGGGUUCCAGAUCGGCAUGAAGCGCCUCAAAGUGCAGCUCAAGAGGCCCAAAGACGCCAACCGGCCCUACUGAGCCUGGUCUGGAAGUGCAGCGCAGCACCCAUGGGUGACCCUGAUGGCGGAGCAGCCCCCCUGGGGUGGGGAGGUCGGUCCUGCCGGAGGGGGAACACAGACCCCCAUACGCUCAGGAAGGAUGGACCCCCCCCGGCAGGACCAGAUGGAUCCCCCCUCCCAGUCCAUCCCAGUCCAUGGGCUGAGGAGGGGGGCCCAGCACUCCCCCCCAACACCCACUGCCCUAUUUAGGGUAGGGGGACUCCAUUGCCCCCCAGGUCCCCGCUUGGGGUUUCUUUCUCACCAAACAGGACCAAACCCAGCCCCAAGCUGGGGACAUGGGAGGCACCCCACGUUGUGGGGGAGGGGUGGAGGGCGGGGGGGACAUGGCCACCUCCCCUUGUCCCCCCAAGUACCACCCCAUGGGCGGCUGCGCCAGGGCAAGCGGGACCCUCUCCACACAUACACUGCCACUCCGCUCUGCCCGGCCCCCACCUGCCUCAGUUUCCCCUAUUCUAUGGGUUCCGGGGGCUGCACCUCCCAGCAUAACCACCGCUGUAUGGACAUGGAAUGGCUGCACGUGGGAUGCACCGGGAUUGGGAUGAACUGGGAUCAGGACGCUCCAAGAUUGGGAUGCACCAAAAUUGGAAUGCACUGAAUUUGGGAUGCGGUGAAACCGGGAUGCACCAAGAUUGGGAUGCUGCAAAAUGGGGAUGCAAUGAAACUGAGAUUCUGCAAGUUUGGGAUGCAGUGAAACCAGGAUUUCGUGCUAUUGGGAUGCGCCAAAAUCAGGAUGCACCGAAUUUGGGAUGCAGUGGGAUCGAGAUGCUGCAAGAUUGGAUGCAUCGCAUCUGGGGUACGGAGAGAUCGGGAUGCAGUGAGAUUGGGAUUUACUGAUGUUGGGCUGCGUUGAGACAGAGAUGUGCCAAGAUCAGGAUGUAACCAACACUGAGAUGUACUGAGAUCAAAAUGCACCGAGACCGGGAGGUACCAACACUGGGAUGCACUGAGAUUGAGACCUACCAAACCCGAGCUGCAGCAGGAUUGGGAUGCUCUGCAAUCAGGGCUGCAUUGGGAUGUGCAGCAACUGGGAGGAUGGAUCAACAUUGGGAUGCACCGAGAUUGGGAUGCGCUGCAAUCGGGAUGCACCAAAACUGGGCUGUACUGAGAUGGGGAUCCACCACCAUUGGGACACACGGACCUCGGGGCGCACCCGACCCCACAUCCCCCAACCCCCAACCACCCCCCACCCCUCCGUGCCCCACAGACCUGGAGCCCUGCAGCCCCAUAGCCCCACCCGGCCCAGCAGCACCGCAGGGCCCCCCCUGUAGAUAAUCCCGUUGGCGGCACCGCGGGGCCGCUGCUCCCCCUCCCCUUAUUGGGGGUUUGGGACCCGCUGAGUCGUUGUGGGGUGGGACGG